AUGCCUCCUCUCAAUAGGUUCCCCAGCUCGUCGAGCCCGCGAAAUUCCUCCAACCAGGUCGCGGGCGAGCUCCUCUUCUCUCCUUCGAUGCAACACCCAAAGCCCUCUCCGUCCCGUGUCUCUAUACGCCGAUUCUCCUCUCGUCAUACCCGUCCAUCUAUCGUCUCGGUAGCGGACCUGUUUGUUGGUUCGCUCAUCCUGGCUGGUUACUGCCAUGAUCACUCGCCCCGGUGUCGCAAUCUGUCUGCGAUACCGCCGAGGAUACCAGGAAGUCAAUUGCGAACCUACCGCCGUGAAAGUGUCACGGAUGGUGACAAUCUCUCAACUCCAAAGCCGUGGGCAUACCGGGAGGAAGGAUUCCGAGGGCGCGUCAACAAGCUCGGCAUCCCCGACAAAAGCAAAUCGCUACUAACAAUUUGGCAUCAAUACUUCGAUCCGAAAACACCUAAUCACCCCUCACACCCCGACAACCAACUAUCAGACGUCCAUCACGAACCAAAUACCCCCGAAGAACCCCUUUCCUACGACGAGAGAAGAUAUCUUUCGACCGCCAGUGUAUAUAGGAAGAUCCUCGGGGAGGAAUACGACUGGCAAGAAGCUGUGAAACUCGUACUACCACAUCCGCACCCCCCAAGGCUUGCAGAAGGCAAAUACGAUUACGAUGUCGACAGUCCCUCCGUUGCGGAACUCAUUGAAGCCGUUCAUUCCAACCCGAAAAACACUUCCCAAUACCUCUUUUCACUCUAUCGAAAUAUACCUUCACCAGGAGUCGAGAAGUUACCCGCGCGCACCCGUGGUGCCCUCCUUCGGCAGAUGGCCAACCCUCCGAAUCGCCGACCUGUUGAUAUUCGUCGCUAUCUAGCAUUGGUGGACGACAUGAUCGCUUGUGACAUUCCCAUGUCGCGCUCCCUGUGGACUACAGCUAUUUCUUUCGCUGGUCGACGUUCAGGCAAGGGAAGGACCAAGAAGAAAAAUAUAGUUCGAGCUAUUGGACUGUGGCAACAAAUGGAGCAUUAUGCCAACAUUGAAGCUGACGAAGUGGUUUUCAACGUCCUAUACGAUUCAGCCAUCAAAGCUGGUGCGUUCAGCAUUGCCGAACGCCUCGAGAAGGAGAUGGUUAAGCGAAGAAUUCCCUCCACGCGCUAUUCCCUCAUCCCCAAACUCAACUACCACGCAGAACGUCAAGACUUAGAAGGGAUCAGUCGCACUUUUGAUCGUUUCGUUCAGUCUGGAAACCUUGUCGACACGGUUAUUUUGAAUGGCUUGUUAUCUGCAUUCCUCAAAGCCGGUGAUACUGAGACUGCAGAGGGGAUUUAUGAGCGCAUGCUGCUAGCACAAAACACCAGGAAAGAUACUGGUUUGCCAGCAGAUGUCACGGGUCACUCGCUCUCAACGCGGUUUGAAAUUUAUCGAUCGACCACCAAGCGGCUGGGCCGCUUGCUGAAGCUAUCCGAUGCCCUCAAGGAUCCCCUUCCCAACCACUACCGUGCUUUCCAAGAAGCGCUUCCUCUGACGCCCGAUACUCGCACAUUCCAUAUCCUCCUUCGACAUUACGCCAUCACUACUGGCCGUUUUGACAAAGUUCUCUAUAUCAUUCGUGACAUGGAGAAUACAUUCAAAUCCCCACCCCGCCACAUGAUCUAUAGCACCCUAUUUGAAGGGUUCAGUAUCCACGGCAAGACCAAGAAGCAGACAUGGACUGCAAAUCGGCUUUGGUUGCUUUGGCACUCAUACGUAUGGGCGUUGAUCGACUCGAGGAAAUCACAGGACAGAUUUCUCCCCAGGAUUUUUAACUUCGGGAGACCUGGCCAACCGUUCAAUACAUGGGUCAACCCGUUUGCGGAUGAAAUGGAUUCCGUCGAGGCCGAGACCAAGGCCAAGAGCGCAGAUGAGAAGGCGGACGUGGCUCAAACAAAGGGGAGACCACCUACAAUACAGAACAAGGCCGAGGCGACCGACGAGCUCUAUAUGUCUUUGCCAUCCACGAAUCCGAACCCGGAGCAAAACACGAGUGAGAAGUUCGGAACUGAAAUGAACUUCAUUGAGAGCCAUGCACACGCGGAGCCCUAUGAUCAAUCAGGAAUGAAGGGCAAAGGAGGUCUCAUCAAGCAGGAACUCAGCAUGGAAGAAUACCAGCGGUCCGAAUACCUCCUCAAUUCCAAGUAUCUGGACAACGACCUUCAAGAUCCCGAAGUUGAACACGCCUCGCGGCUCGAGGGCAGUGUUGAAAACGGGGUUUUCGUCGGUCGUUCGACCAUCCUUCAUGUUCUACGUGCGUUCGGCACUUGCACCCACCCCGAGGAUGUCAUCGAGGCAUGGGAACAAAUGCAGCAGCUCUGGGACCCCUUUCACCGAAAUGCAGUGGAUGUGGCUAUCAUCAGGGACGAGCUUGAACGCCAGCUUCAGAAACAUUCCCUUUAG